AUGAAUACAUUAUUAGUUACCGGCAGCACAAUGUGGAUUCUUAUAUCAGUUUUAAUGCUCAAUGUGUGGGCUAUACCAGCAGAUGAUGAACUUUCACCAAACAUAAACAUCCUUGAAGAACUGGGGAAGAUGGAAGCAAGGAUGAAAUCUAUGGAGAAGGAAACGGAGCUACUAAGAACAAAGAACGAAGAACAAGCAAAAGAACUGAAGAUUUUGUAUGAUACAACAAAGAUCCAAAUGGAUGAACUAAUAAAGCAGAAUCAAGCUCCUAAAGUGGCUUUCUCAGCCUCUCUGUUGACCUCUUUUGGACCACAAAGCGUUGGACCAUUUCCUGAUGGUUUACACACCCUGAUUUACAAACACGUCUUCCUCAACACUGGAGACGCCUAUGAUGCAGAAACAGGAAUCUUCACAGCACCUGUGAAGGGAGUGUAUGUAUUCAGGGUUUUCUCAAAGGCCUUCGGAAAUCCACAGAAAGCCGUUACCGCAGGCCUGUUUAAAAAUGACCAGCAUAUCAUGUCUACACAUGGACACCAACAAAGUGGUUUUAUCAGUUCUUCAAAUGGAGUCUCUCUGCUGCUAGAAAAAGGGGAUAAAAUAAAAGUAAAUCUCUAUCCUGGCCAGUGGAUUUUUGACAAUGGAGAACACCAUCACAGCACAUUCAGUGGACAUCUGCUUUUCACCAUGUGAUUUUGCAGACAGUUUAUUCACCCAAAAAAGCUUUUCAUCCAUAAACGAUGUACACUCCUUGAAAAUAAAAUCAAAUAUAAAAUGAA